GCUCCUGCGCAGAGAACCUGUCAGGCCCAUUCUCUUUUCCCAUCCUAGGGUUGCUCUCUUUUAACCCCGCGCCGCCACCCUCCUCAUCCCCCUCUCGACGCCAGUCUCCCUGCCGCCGCCGCCGAAGAAGCCGAAGGAUAUCCGAUCUUCUGCCGCCAUGUCGACGGAGAAGAAGCAGUUGAACCCCAUGCGGGAGAUCAAGGUGCAGAAACUCGUCCUCAACAUCUCCGUCGGCGAGAGCGGCGACAGGCUCACCCGUGCCUCCAAGGUGCUCGAGCAGCUCAGCGGGCAGUCGCCUGUGUUCUCCAAGGCGAGGUACACCGUGCGUUCAUUUGGCAUCCGGCGUAACGAGAAGAUCGCGUGUUAUGUGACGGUGCGAGGUGAGAAGGCCAUGCAGCUGCUCGAGAGCGGGCUCAAGGUGAAGGAGUACGAGCUUCUCAGGAGGAACUUCAGCGACACCGGCUGCUUUGGCUUCGGUAUCCAGGAACACAUCGAUCUUGGCAUGAAGUAUGAUCCCUCAACAGGUAUUUAUGGGAUGGACUUCUAUGUCGUACUUGAGCGUGCUGGCUACCGUGUGUCCCGUCGCCGCAGGUGCAAGGCUCGUGUCGGGAUCCAUCAGAGGGUGACCAAGGAGGAUGCCAUGAAGUGGUUCCAGGUCAAGUAUGAAGGAGUCAUCCUCAACAAGUCCCAUGCGUCUUAAAAUCUUUUCUCUAGGUGCAGCGGCUGUUAGAACCUUUCUCUUGUUGCACAAUCAGAAGUUCACCUUGCAAAUUGAAUUAUCUGGCCAGAUGUUUUUGCCUGUUACUUGAAGCUGAAUGCUGACCUUUUUCUCAUUUGUGUUUGUCCUUCCCUACCUGGUUGCCUAAAUGCUUAAUUGCUUGCCCCUUCAUGAUUUUGUUACCUGUUCA